UUGGUUUCAAUUUUUGGGUUAAAAAUCCAUUCACUCAUUUUGAGUGAAUUGCCAUUCACCGUGGGGGGUUGUGGAAUUGCUUCAGCCCUGAUUUACAUUUUCUCCAAAAACUCCCUGAUGCCCUAGCCCCCAUUUCUUGCUCGGCCACCGAGCUCCAGCCAUUGACCAUCGACGCCAUGGCUUCGAAGCUCCCGAACCAACUCCGAGCUCUCUACGCAUCCACCACCUGUCACCGACUUCUCUCUCCUCGAUUCCCGAACCCUAAGGAAGCUUUCCGAGACCUCCUUCUCGGUUCCAAUGGCAGACUCUUCUCGGACGCCCCAUCUCCUCCUCAAGUUUCUUUUUCUCCGUCGACUCCGGUUCCUCCGCCUUCUGGUCCAAACACUUCGGCUCCGUCGUCGUUGAAUCAAAAAGAGCUAGCUAAGUUCUUCGUCAUUGCCGAAACCUGGUGGGAUUCUGAGGGCCCGUUUAGACCAUUGCAUGCCAUGAAUCCUACGAGACUCGCUUUCAUUCGCUCCAUGCUUUGCCGGCAUUUCGGGAGGGAUCCAUGUUCUCCUAGGCCUUUCGAAGGACUGAAAUUUGUUGACGUUGGUUGUGGUGGUGGAAUUCUUUCAGAGAAAAGCUGGUUGAAGAGCAGAGAAAUUUUGAUGCUGUGAUUUCUUUAGAGGUGUGUUCUCCUUCCC